GUUAGUUUUAGUUCAUUUCGGUGUUUUUGUAACUGUUUAUACCGCUUAGAUUUUGGAUUAUUUAGUUAGGUGCAGGCAAUUUAUAUUUACAUUAAUCUAUUUUAUGUGCUUAUUAUCAUGGAAAUCAAACCGUUAAACAAUAACAUCGAUCGGGAGCUGGAAACUCUUACAAAACCGAUCAUCGCUAACACCGAUCUGGACAUCAACAACAACGAAGCCACCGAUUUUGCGGUGUUAGGUACCCAACCCAGUCCGAUCCCGACGCUGCAAGAUUUUUUAGCACACACUCGCAGAAUCACCAAUGGCCUCGAAAGUCAUCCGCAUUACGAUAGACAGUUGAAUAAAUUUGUCUCACUGACGGUUGACGUUCCAUCCAUGCCCAAUUGCUGUUGGGAAGACGUUUUGGAUGACAAUGAGUCUCGAUUAAUAAUUGACGAAGAGGAAGAGUGUGUGUUGGUUGCUGCAAUGAAACUAAGUGAUAGUGGAGUGCGCCCGAAAAAAGCUAAACCAGGGAUCAGGGUUUCUAAACGCCGCAUUCGGAAAGCCAACGAUGAUCUUGAGGAAGAUGUUAAGCGUUUGAAGAAAAUGUAUUAUGAUAGCUCGGUUGAAGAAUGAACGUGUAUUUUGUGCUAUUUAUUUAACGUAAUUGUAGAUUUGUUAACAUUUUAAUAUGUAUUUUUUUAUAAUUUUCUAAACACUGCGAAGACGAGCUUUGUUUGCCAUCAGGUUGCUCGUAGAGCGUAACAAAAGACAUUGUGGAAAACUUCGAUUUGAAUAAUUAAAGCAUGAU